CUUGCCACCCCACCCGCCUGUGCCACCCGCUGUCUGUGUCGGCAACGUCGUUUUCGUUUAUUCAGUGAUCAAUCUUUACAUUUUGCAGUUUUGCUUUGCAGUGGAGGAUAAAUCUCCGAAUCUCAAAAUUUCACGUUUUAUUCAACGGAUUCUAUUAACCUUAACUAAAAUGUCGUCUGCUGUGGGAACCGAAUUGAAAUUUACACGCCUCAGUGAAAACGCAUUUCCGCCGAUGAAAGGUUCGGAAAAAGCCGCAGGAUUCGAUCUGAAAAGUGCAUAUGACUACGUGGUGCCAGCUCGCGGCAAGGAACUCGUGAAGACAGAUCUGCAGAUUGAAUUGCCGACUGGUUGCUACGGCAGAGUGGCUCCGCGAUCAGGCCUGGCUCUUAAAAACUUCAUUGACGUUGGAGCUGGUGUUAUUGAUGAAGAUUACAGAGGAAAUGUCGGUGUUGUUAUCUUCAACCAUUCUGAUUCAGACUUUGAAAUCAAGAAAGGCGAUAGGAUUGCCCAAUUGAUCUGUGAAAGAAUCUACUACCCUGUACUCAAAGAGGUUACAAAUCUCUCAGAAACCAAAAGGGCAGAGGGUGGUUUUGGAUCAACAGGCAAAUAAUGCAUUACAUUUUUGAAAACAUUAAGUUUAUUAAUAACAGUUAUACAUAGAAUUAAAAUGUGAUAAAAUAAGGAAUGUCAACUAACAGACUAUCUGUUCCUAAGAGUUAAGUUUGUACUUUUAAGCUAGUUAUUGCUUUAAGAAUUUUAAGACUUAUUGGUUUUACAUGCCCCAGUAUACUAAUCACUUAUUACAUAGUUUCUGUUACGUUAAGUGGCUCGAAAUAUAGAAUAAGACAAAUGAUCUUGCACUUCAGUUUUAAUUUUUCAGGGAAAUAGAUUUAAGCAUAUCAUUUUGUAAACAUCCAAUAAAGUUCUUGUAAUAUUAAACAUAAA